AUGGAGGCUGCGCUGCUGACGCCCAUCGUGGCCGAGGUGAAGCCGGGCGCGGUGAGCGCCGAGCUGGAGGUGAAGAAGCUGCAGGAGCUGGUGCGCAAGCUGGAGAAGCAGAACGAGCAGCUGCGCAGCCGGGCGGCCGCCGCCACCACCUCGCCCUCGGCGGCGCCCGGGCCGGGCCCCGCGAGUCCGCUGCAGCAGCUGCUGCUGCUCUCCCCCGCCGCCGUCCAGCAGCAGCAGCAGCCGCCGCCGCCGCCGCCGGGCUCGGGCCCCGGCAGCUCCCCGCCGGCCUGCAUGCCCAGCCCGGCGCCCGCUCUCCUGUGCCAAGCCGAGCCCUUCGUCUACUUUAAGCCGUCGCCCGCCGGAGGGGCAGGCGGCGGCGGUGGCGGUGGCGGCUCCUCCGGGCGCCAGGAAGCCACGGCCACCGCCACCCCCCCGGCCACCGUCUUGGACGAGGUGGAGGUGCUGGAUCUGCAGGGGGUCAGCGGCUGCGACGGAGAAGAGAAGGAGGAGGAGACGUGGUUGUACGUUGUGCCUGCUAAGAGCAUCCUAACCCAAGAAAAAUCACUGAGCCCUCUGCAGUGGUGCCGACAUGUCCUGGAUAAUCCAAGCCCUGAGAUAGAAGCUGCAAAACGCUCGCUGUGCUUCAGGCUGGAACAAGCUAGUCGAUGGCGGAGUCUGUUCUCUUCAUCUGUCUCCUUGGCUUUCCCCUAUAGUCCUGUUGCAAGGCUCACUCCAUAUAGCAAUGGCUUUAACACUCCUGCCUUCUCUAAAACCUUCAGUAAAGCAAUAUUAACACCUGAGAGAACAGGUUGUAUAUCUAGAAGCUCCCCUCUCAGCCCCCAGUCAUCCAUAGACAGUGAACUGAGCACCUCAGAACUAGAAGAUGAUUCCAUCUCCAUGGGAUAUAAACUGCAAGACCUCACUGAUGUCCAGAUCAUGGCUCGGCUGCAAGAAGAGAGUCUGAGACAAGACUAUGCUUCUACUUCAGCAUCUGUGUCGAGAAACAGCUCCACUGUGUCUCUUCAUUCCGGCAAGAAAGGGACCAGCAGCGAUCAGGAAUUUGAUCGCUACAGCCUUGAGGAUGAGGAGGAAGAAUUUGACCACCUGCCCCCUCCACAACCUCGGCUCACGCGUUGCUCCCCAUUCCAAAGAGGGAUUCCCCAUUCACAGACUUUCUCCAGCAUACGGGACUGCAGAAGAAGCCCAACGUCCCCCUAUUUCCCCUCAAAUAAUUAUCAGCAACAGUGUUAUUCUCCUCAAGCUCAAAGUCCCGUUGAGCCACAAUCAAACAGGAUUAAUGGAGACAAACUCCGAAGGAGCAUGCCGAAUUUAGCUCGAAUGCCAAGCACCCCCACCGUCAGUACCAAUGUCAGCUCUGCAAUCACAGUGAGGAACAGCCUAAGCUUUGAUUCUAAUCUACAUGGAGCUGGUAAUGGGAUUUCAAGAAUACAGUCUUGCAUUCCUUCUCCAGGGCAACUUCAACACCGAGUUCACAGUGUGGGACACUUUCCAGUAUCUGUCAGGCAACCUCUCAAAGCCACAGCCUACGUGAGUCCGACUGUUCAAGGGAGCAGCAGUAACAGCAGCAACAUUCCGUUGUCCAGCAACACCUUACAGCUACACUCUAACACAGGCAUCCCAAUGCCAAACAAGACUGCAAACGCAGGCAUUGUAAUUCGCAGUGGUCUUCCGAGGCCUUCCCUGGCUAUAAGCGGGAGCAGCAUACCCAGGAGCAAAAUUGCACAGCCAAUUCGAAGUUUUCUCCAGCCACCAAAGCCUCUUUCCUCGCUUAGUACUCUACGGGAUGGCAACUGGAGAGACGGCUGUUACUGAUGCUGGAUGUUGACCAGAACUACGUACAAGAAAUAAUGCAGAUCCACCUACCCAGCUGGCUGGGUAACUAUAACUGUGGAAGGGUGGAUGGGUAAUAUGGCACUGUUUCUUACUCUUCUGUCAUUACCAUUGGUCACUAAACAUAUUGCACUUAGUUGUUUUCCGGGGGAGGGGGGGGAACGGCAGUAUUGUUAAUGUGGCAGCGGUCUUAUUUAGAGUUUUUAAAUACAUGCACAAAGAACCCAAAUUAUCCCGCUCGGGGGAGCCAAAAUGUGACUUCUGAAUACUUUGUCAUAAUCAAAUGUUCAGAACUUUUAAAGUUUCUCUCUCUCUCUCAUUUUAAUGUGUUCUCUUGCAAAUUUACAAAAUAGAUUCUCAUACUACCUGCUUCCAUUUUUCUUUUGUAGACUUUCCAAGGGGGGCAUAUUUUUGCACUUAAUGCAUUUUUACAUUUGCUUGAA